AUGAAUCUCAUAGCCGGCCGCAAACGGCGCGCCCCGCCUGACUCUUCGCCCACCUUCGGCCCUCCCCAAAAACGCUCUCCCCAGGCGUGCCACUCCUGCCACCGGGGUCCUGUCGCAUGCAAUGACGACUCUUUUAGUUGUAGCUUUUGUACGGUCAGUCAAGCUUCCAGUGUUGAGCCGAGUCCGUCAAGGCCAGGUUCGGCAGGCCACAGAACCGAAAAGGUUCAGAAUGGCACCGAGAAACCUGUAAAACUAUGCGGAAAGGGCACCAGGCAGACUAAUUCUCAAUCACUGCAACCGUCGCCUUUUGCGCUCACUGAAGAGGACGUGGGAAAUGACCUAAAUUUUCUCAUUUCUCAAACGGUCAUUGGAAGAUCUCUCUCUAUCAGUCUGGAUAGUGUCUUGAAGUGGCCUGUCUUCGACGAUUUUCGCCCCAGCUGUAGUCUGAACACCUUACAACUUCAAGUUGCAUCGACAUUUCAAAUUUCCAAUCAUCAUUAUCAUUUCCAUGGUUUCUCGGAGGCAUAUCCAGAUGUCAAUUUCAUGGACCUUCCGACACUGAAGCGACUUUGUCAAUCUUUUCUAGAGCAUGUUCAUGUUACGAAUCCAGUAGUCAAUCUUACGUUACUGGACAAUCACAUCGGCGACUUUGCUACGUUUGGUCCGAGGUGGGACGCACCAUCCUGCUUAGUUCUUCUUGUGUGCGCUCUCGGUGCCAUUUCGAGACCGCUCUCGCAAGACAGCACACCAGUAAGCCCGUCAUCAGAAGCAGGCAUUGCUGCCAAGUCCUAUUUUGUGGCUGCACAACGACGUCUGGGUCUGGUCAUGGCGCAACCGGACCCUCUUUCUGCUCAAUGCACUUUCCUCGCAGGUGUAUACCUCAUGUACAGAAUGAACAUUGUCGGAGCUUGGCACAUGUUCAUGCAGACUUGCUCCCUGUGCAGUGCAUACCUCGGUGCGGCGAAUGGCGCAGAGGCAGACACUAAUGGGGCCCUUCAGUCGACCAGCCCAUCGCCGAUUGAUGCUGUAUACUGGGCUGCCAUCAUUAAUGAAGUAGAAAUACGCACUCAGCUUCCAAUGCCCAAUUAUUUUAUUGACGAACCUCAUUUCCCGCUAGCGCCUCCUUCUUUGCCAUUUCCUGAUGUACCCGUACAAGAAUUGGAUCCAUCCUUAGAGCCCGCCGCUUUCAAUUUGCACAAACUACAGCAAUACUGUCAGCUGUUCUACCUCAACGAAGCCUCGCUCCGGCGACUAACCCGCAACGUCUACGAGCAAAUGGCCGCUUUCGAAGCCUCAGCACAAGGCGCAGACAGCCCAAGCGAAGCGCACCUCCACGCGCUCCACACUCUGCAAGAAAACCUCCUCCAGCAAGUCCAGCACUGGCUGGCCUCCCUCCCCCCCGCCCUCCAACCCCCCACCACCUCCCCCCUCGCGCUACCAAGCCAGCACCUCCGCGCCCGCGCCCUCCACCUCACCUCCGCAAUCCAGCUGACGCCCCGCAUCAACGCCCCCUCUGCCACGCCUGGAACACCGCACCACAACCACCUCCACCACGCCCUCCUCCGUCUGCACGCCCACGCCCCGCUCGCCGCGCACCGCCACGCAGGCACGUGGUUCGCGCUGCGCGCCUGUACGCGGGACGCAGCGGUCCUGCUGGCCGCGGCGGCGGGCGGGCGGCUCAACACAACAAUACCGGACGCAGCGAUGCCGGACGCAGCGGUGUUGAUGCCAGAGGGCUGGCGCGGCGCGGUGGAGGGCGUGGUCGCGCUGCUGGCGCUGUGGCGCGAUGACGGCGCGAGGGAUAUCGGCGAGUGCGAGCGCGUGCUGCGGGAGCUGUUGGGUGCGGUGGCGGCGUAG